UUUUUUUUUUUUUAAAUACAAUGCCUAUCUUUAGGAUGAUUAUAAAUUUCAGUCUCGAAAACAUGCAUCGGAUACACGACGACGAGUAUUCUGAGGAUGCCAAGGAAUCUGACUUCAAGGGCUCAAUUCAGAAGGAGAUAUCAGUCAAGUCGCGACACCAAAUUUCCAUUCCAGAUAUAUGCUCAGAUGCUGUUAAGAACAACUGUUUUCCGCCGACGGGCUUUCUGAAUAACUCGAUCGCCUUUGCCUCACACGUGGUUAAGUGCAGUUCUCCGGCCUCGAGCAUCGAUGAAUCCUCAUCAACGGCCCAGCACGAGCCCAGUCCCCACAUGCACAUACAGGGUCAGCAUAUGAUGGCACCCGUUCCCGAUCUGGGCUUCUACAAUGUUCCCGAGUUCAUUUCCGAGCAGGAGAAACUCAUGUUCUCCGACGCGGAAAGGUUCUUGAGGUCGAAAGAUAAUGAGGUGUGCAACAAUGAUUUCAGCUAUAUGCACGAUGAGUUCGCCAUGCGAAAGUACUAUCAUCCUCUAUUUGCUCAUGGCAUAUGCCGCUGGCCCGGUUGCGAAAUGGAUUUGGAGGAUAUCACAUCGUUUGUCAAGCAUCUGAAUACUGAACAUGGAUUGGACGAUCGAUCAACAGCCCAGGCACGGGUUCAAAUGCAAGUUGUCUCCCAGCUGGAAUCCCACCUGCAAAAGGAAAGAGAUCGCUUGCAGGCUAUGAUGCAUCACUUGUAUUUGUCCAAGCAGCUUUUAUCACCCACUAAAAUCGAUAGGAAGGACGUGCCCGGUAGAGAAGGAAAGUUUUGCCGGAGUCCGCUUACAGUGAAUAGCAUAGGUCGACCCAUCCGCCAAACAAAUUCACCCAGUCCUCUAAAUCUUCCAAUGGUUAAUUCCACUAACUUAUGCUCGAUCAAAAAGAGAAACCACGACAAAAAUACAUUUUCAAUAAAUGGCGGUUUACCCUAUAUGCUGGAAAGAGCCGGGCUUGAUGUGCAACAGGAGAUCCACCGAAACAGAGAGUUUUAUAAGAAUGCUGAUGUACGACCGCCUUUUACUUAUGCUUCGCUCAUACGACAGGCUAUAAUUGACUCCCCUGACAAGCAGCUAACCCUUAACGAAAUCUACAACUGGUUCCAAAACACAUUUUGCUACUUCCGUCGCAACGCAGCUACGUGGAAGAACGCAGUUCGGCACAAUCUGUCCCUUCAUAAAUGCUUUAUGCGGGUUGAGAAUGUGAAAGGAGCAGUUUGGACUGUCGAUGAGAUUGAGUUUUACAAAAGACGACCGCAGCGCACUGCUGGCAUUGGUAACAACCUGACUGGUGCUACCAAUUCGCCGGACACUAACUAUUUUGUAGCCAUGAACAUUGGGUAUGUGGGUCUCAAAUAGUUUACUACUCACUUUGCUCCAAACUCCUUCCAUUUUGCUCUGUUCGUAAAUAUAUGUAUGCCAUUGAAUGCAUGCUCUUAUAUCGAAAUGAUAUAAUAUGACAUUAUACGAUCUUUUUACAGCACAUAUUGUAAACAGUGAUUCCAAUCUCUUAGUGGUAAAUCCCAAAAUGAUGUCCGUCUGCUUAUCGGUCUGUAUGUCCGUGCGGGAAUUUAGCUUGUGAAGAUGAUCCAGGUUUUCGUUUAUAAAGGAUAAAGGAACAAAAUGCUGCAAUGAAAAUAAGACGACCGAAGACAAAUGAACUAACCAUAAUAUCUCAAUGAACUCUUUCUUCCUUUCCCGAUAAUGCAUAUUCCUGUUUCCGACUCUUGAUGGGGCUCUUAUUUUGUCCAACAAACCAUAAAGAAUGCGAUUCGUACGAACCUUUCCUUGCACAAGUGCUUUG